UUCAUCAGCACAUGAGGAGAGACACCAGAGUGAAGCUGCUGCGAGGACUCAGAAGAUAGCAAAGAUGCAGUGGAGUCUGUUUCUGCUCAUUCUGAUGGGUCAGUGGUCCUUCUUCGCAUGUCAUCUCUAUGAGUAUCACUUUGUUGGAGAGAAGAAGACCUGGUAUGAAGCCCAGAAGUAUUGCAGAGAGAAUUAUAUUGACCUGGCCACAGUGUCUAACAUGGCAGACAUGAAGAGACUCAAUGACACUACAGUGCAGCAAGGAGAAGCCUGGAUUGGGCUGUACAACCAAACACAAUCCAUCAGGACGUGGCACUGGUCUAUGCCAGGAGUGGAGUUCAAUGAAAGCGAGACAAAUUGGACCUUGGGAGAACCGAAUGAUAUUGGAGGAGUAGAGAACUGUGGGUUUAUACGGGAGGAUAGCAAUUGGAGAGAUGGGUCUUGUGAACAUGUUGAGAGUUAUUUCAUCUGUUAUGAUGAAAAUAAUGCAACAGACAAAUACCAUCUGAUUAAAGAGAAGAAGAAGUGGUCAGCGGCUCAAGAAUACUGUAGGGAGCGUUACACAGACCUGGUCAGUGGACUAAAGCAGUUUCAAGACAUGUCACAAAAACUCGCUGUAGACAUCCAGUCUGUAAACAAAGAUAUGUGGGUGUGGAUCGGCCUGUUCAGAGACUCCUGGAUGUGGUCAGAUGGGAGCAGUUUCUCUUUCAGAAACUGGGAUCUGAAUCAGCCAGAUAAUAAAUGUGCCAUGACUGAGUUAAAUGUAUCUGGAAAAUGGAGCUCUGAUGACUGCAAUGAAACAAAACCCUUCUUCUGCUAUGACGAUAAAGUGAUCCUGAUCAAAGAAAAUAAGACCUGGGAGGAGGCCUCAUAUUACUGCAGAGAGAACUACAGUGACCUGGUCUCCAUCACUAACCCUCACCAGCAGAUUUGGGUCCAAGAGAGAGCCAAGAACGCCUCAACUGAUUUCGUCUGGCUGGGACUGCGCUACACCUGCACUCUGGAUUUCUGGUUCUGGGUCAGCAAUGAUGUUGUCAACUAUACAAACUGGGCCCCAGGAGAAAAGACUGAUGACUGUGGCAUGUCUGGAGCCAUGGACAGAGGAGGACAACAUCAGUGGUUCAAAAACCUGGAUAAUAACAAGUUUAAUUUCAUCUGUUCUAAGUGUUGAAACCCACUCUGCUCACUGGUGUCAGAUGUUUUAUUCAUUCACUCAUGUUGUGUUUAGUGGUGUAAUACUUUUGAAGAAGUCUACACUACAUAUCUUCUUUGGGUUUAUUGAAUGGCUUUCUGGGAAAAGUGGCCACACUGAAUUUAGUCACAAAGUACCACAAGAUUACUGAGGAUGUGGCCAAUAACAAGUUUUUCUGUCUCCUUUUUCUGAAUCACUGAAUGAUCACUAGAUGCCAGAUCACAGUGACUGUUUGUUAUUCUCUGAGGUUGUUGUGAUAUUUUCUUUCUCUUAAAGUGUGGAUCUUUUAUUAAUCGUCCAUCCUUCUAUAAUUCAAAAUGUGUAUUUUGUUUUCCUAUCUAUCCAACGAAGGUUAAAAUCAAGGGCAACUGGACUUGGUUGAUCAACCAAGUCCAGUUGAUUUUUUUCGUUGGAUAACUAUGACCUGGAUGACUGAGAAUCUUCAUAGACUUUUCCUAUCUAUAUCUUUUCAAGAGAAAAUAGGAAUAAAUACACACAUCCACAGUAUACUAUACUGCUUUACGUUUGCCUCUAUAUAUUUAAUAUUAAACAUUUUAAGUUUCGGUAGAGAUUUGGUGAUGGGGUCAUAUUAUGUGAAAUCUCAAAUGUCUUCUUUGAUGGUCAUAUAUUUGCAUUUUUAUGUAAACAGUUUUCUCUGAGGUUAAAUAAACUGUUAAACCAUG